UCCUUAUGGGGGACCAACCUUGUACCUCCUGGAGAUCCACGCUCCAGCCUGGAAACACGCGGGAAAUCAAGCCUCCAAAAAAGCGCUGCCUCCUAGCUCCACGUUGGGAUUAUCCAGAAGGAACCCCCAACGGAGGUAGUACCCCUCUCCCUUCCACACCUCCUCCAGCAUCACCGGGCCUGAAGUCGCACCCACCUUCUCCGGAGAAAUAGUACAAUAUACUUCUCUCACCCCAAACCAGUCUUUGAGGGAUUGCAGUAUGACUCCAUUUCCUUGGUGCAUCCAUAAAAUAGUUAUUCAGUGAAGACAAUGAAGAUUAUUAACAAUGCUACCCUGCUUUUCUGAUCUCCUGCUUCAGGAAGUUGUGAUUUUUAAGUACGUGGAGCCUGGA